AAAUCGAACUACGUAAGCCUUCGUUCUCUUGGCGUCUUGUUUAGUUUCAAAAUCGAAAUAACGGCGCACAAUUUAUAAAGAAAGAAACGCACGAUCAUUUGGAAAAAGUAAAUAGUUAAUGUAUCUGAUUAAUUGGAACAAAAAUGGAAUCCAAGUUACCAAAGCCUUCAGCAUUGAAGAGGCCUGCGCCUAUUUCAAGGACUAUACUGCCCAUGGAAAGAAUAAAAGCGACAUCAUUUACCGGCAAUUUUGGCAACAAAACGCAUUUAUUCAGCGGGAGUGCACAGUCUUUGAAUACCUAUAAUCAGCUUCCUCGCGAUAUAACUAACUUUUCCAGUUAUGAUAAUGCAACUCGUAGAGAACGGGCGGCAUCUCCAGAAGCUGCUGCUUCAAAUUACGGCGGAGCGUCGCGUGCUAAAAUGAGAAGAAGUCGUUCGGCUUGCGAUAUUCGAGACAUGCGGCCUUUGAAACGGACAGAAUCUACUCUUGCCCCAAUCCCUGCAAAGACUUCGCGGAUGCCGUUAUCUACAACACUGGGAUCUAACACAAAUAAACCACCACGUAUUGGUACGUCUGCUACUGCAGCAAGCAGUACCAGUUUAAAAAAACCUCCGACUGUCAAUACAACGAAAACUAUCGGAGGAGGUCGACCAGCAUUAACUAAUCAAAAAAGUGCAAAUAAUACUAGUUCAAACUCCUCCGCAAUAACUGCAAAAACUGCAACUAAGCGCAUUCCCGCAUACGAUUUUAAGGCCAGGUUCAAUGACCUUUUGGAAAAGCACAAGAUUCUUAAGGAUAAGCUAGAAGAAAAAACGGAACAACUGAACAAUCUGGAAAAUUUGCCAGAGGUAUUAGAGGACACUGAAAAACAAUUGGUAACAACGAAAGAAGAACUCAGAAACACUCAAACCAUGAACGAAUGCUUAAUGCGCGAGAAAACAUUGCUGCAAGAAAAAUAUAAUUCCAUCGUUGAAAACUUGAGCAAAACCACAGAAGAACUGGAAAAAUUAACUAAAGCAUAUAAAGAAAUAAAACUUGAACAUUCGGAAUUAUUUUCGGAAGUUGAAGAGCUGCGUGAUAGAACAUCAACACUGGCCGAUAGGAACGCAACAUUAUUGGAUGAAAUUGCAAUAUGUAAGGAACUAUUAUUCCGUUCAAAUAUGGAACGAAAGGAGCUGCACAACACCGUGUUAGAUUUGCGUGGCAAUAUACGGGUAUUUUGUCGAGUUCGUCCACCACUGGAUUGUGAAAGGGACAAAAUGCUAUGUAAUUUGAGUUAUCUGGAUGAAGCAACUAUGGAAAUAGCCAGUUUUGAACCUACAGCGAAGGGAAAAUCAAUCGCACAUACUUUUACUUUUGAUCAAGUAUUUGAUCACUCGUCAGAACAGGAGUCAAUAUUUGAAAUGGUAUCACCACUAAUACAGUCUGCUCUUGACGGGUAUAACAUUUGUAUUUUCGCAUAUGGGCAGACGGGUAGCGGAAAAACAUACACAAUGGAUGGUAUACCAUCAAAUCCUGGAGUUAUACCAAGGACAGUGGAUUUGCUUUUUGAUUCAAUCAAGAAUUAUCGGCACUUAGGCUGGGAAUAUGAAAUAAAGGUGACAUUUCUUGAAAUUUACAACGAGGUACUUUACGACCUGCUGAGUAAUGAACAAAAAGAUAUGGAGAUUCGUAUGGUAAAAAACAGUAAGAAUGAUAUAUACGUAUCAAAUAUAACACACGAGACAGUGGGGAGCGCGGGACGUCUCCGGGAGCUCAUGCAAAUUGCCAAGAUGAAUCGUGCCACGGCGGCUACGGUUGGAAAUGAACGAUCAUCCAGAUCACAUGCAGUAACCAAAAUAGAACUCAUUGGUACACACGCAAAGAAACAGGAAUUAUCUAUUGGUUCCAUAAAUCUUGUCGAUUUGGCCGGUUCGGAAUCGCCAAAAACAAGUACUCGCAUGAACGAAACAAAAAAUAUAAAUAGAUCGCUCUCUGAACUGACAAACGUAAUAUUGGCACUAUUACAGAAACAGGAUCACAUACCUUAUCGAAACUCUAAGUUGACUCAUUUACUAAUGCCUUCCUUGGGAGGCAACUCAAAGACGCUGAUGUUUAUAAAUAUUGCUCCGCUUCAAGACUGUUUCGUGGAAUCUCUGAAAUCGCUGCGAUUUGCUGCCACUGUAAAUCAAUGCAAAAUGGCUAAGGCCAAACGUAAUCGUAUACUUAACACUUCCCUUGCAAAUACAAGUGGAAUAGGUAAUCAGUAAAAAGUAUAUUAUUGAGGAACUAAGACACUGCUCAUUGUUUACUUUCCUUUAUAAAAAUAUAGUCUUAUUUAUUCGUAGAUUUGCAUUUAUUUUAAAUUGUCACCCAAUAGGCCAGUAAAACAGUAUUAAAGAUCUGGCUUUUUCACCUUAUGCCAAAUUAAAAGCAAAAUAUAUAUCUUAGUAAAACAACUCGUUAUGUUAUUGACUAACAAAUUAUUGGUGGGUGAGAGAGAAUAUAUAAUUGCAUAUUCAUUUAUAAUUUGUAUUAAAAAAUGAUUUUCGAACUUGGCAAAUUUCGGGUUCAUAUCUCUCAUAUGUUUUUUUUUUUUUUGUCAUAAUUUAUUGUUAAUUUGGCUAUAGAAUAUCUUUUUUCAGUUUGUUCAAAUAUAUAGUUUUUUACGUUAUAACCAGCAA